AUGGAUUGGCAGCUUUGGGGUCUGGUUUUCUACCUCCACGUGGCUUUCUCAGCUUCCUGGGAGUGCGUCUCUCACUGUUCCCUGUGUAUUCUUCACAACCAGGAUGGAGAGAAGCCCAUCAACCCUCUAGGCUGUGCUUUGGGGUGCCAACAUCCCUCCGUGACGGGCGUGGAGUGGCAGAGAUGCGAAAGGAUCCUCUCGCUCUUAACGUCCUUUCCGAUGGAGGAGGAAGAGGAGGAGGAGGAGGAGGAGGAGGGAGAGGCGGGCAGAUCCCAGAGCGUCCUCACCAAGGGAGAUGCCAGCCGGUCCUUCGGGCGCUUCUUCCCGAAGAUGGUGGAGAGGGCACGGCCAGAGGCCGGAGGAGACAACCCGGAGAUGCUGGAGAUUCGGGGUCUGGUCUCCCACCGAGAGGAGGAGGAGGAGGAAGAACCUGAUCCGGCCUCUCCCAAGGCGGAGAGGAAACGCUACGGGGGCUUCCUUCGCAAAUUCCCCAAGAGGGGCUCCUGGGUGGCGGGGACCGAGGAAGAGGAGGAUGGGGGCGACCAGGAGGAUCUCCACAAACGUUACGGGGGCUUCAUGCGCAGGAUCCGUCCCAAGCUCAAGUGGGAGAAGCAGAAGCGUUAUGGCGGCUUCCUGCGCCGUCAGUUCAAGGUGACCACGAGGUCCGAGGAAGGGCCCAAGGGCGCCUCGGAGGAGGCCGCUGACCUAUAG